AACAUUCUAGUUCUAAUUUAAUUAAUUUUAUUGAUAAAAUUGCUAUCAUCAGUACUCAAAGUUUUAAUAACCAACCAUCUUCUUCUUCCUCCUCAUUAUCCACUCGCAAAAAUAAAUCUGAUGAAACUGGUGGAAACACUGAAACAAAAAAACCACGUUUAGAUGAUACAAAGGAGAUAACAAAAAAAUAUGUCUUAGAAUGGACCUUUCAUGAGGAGAGUGGUAAACCAAUAAAAUCUGAAUGGAAAAUUGCAGAUGUCAGUAUUAGUGAUGCAUUUUUUAAAUACAAGUCUUUUGCUGAGGAAAAGGCAAAUAAUAAUGAAUUAAAUUUUGUGGACCAUCCUGGUGAAAUCCUGUUAGCUGAUGUUUCAUUUUUCUUUGAAAUUUGCACUAGAGGAUUGGAACACUACACACCCCUACAAAAA